AUGGCGAUAUCUCGCUCAGUGUCACCUGCGACUGCUGUCACAGAGCAACAGACACCGCCAGAACCAACCGGCACUUCUUCAACAGCCACAGCCAAGCAGGAUAGUACUGAAGAUCCCAUCCCAACAGAUGCCCACAAUCCAUCAGUCACGGGCGACGAGGGCAAGUCUCAAGAACAAGCCGAGUCCCCCCCGGAGCUAGUUACCCCUCUUAAGAAGCACGUCCGAUACUCCAUCAUCAUCAUCGCCAUCACCGGCCUCUUCGCUCUCUCUGCCGCCUGCUGGCUGGUUGCGUUUAUACAAACUAAGGUUGACGGGGGCUAUAUCAAAGCUGUCCGUAUCGGCGGGAACGUCAGCUCGACGUGGGCGAAACUGAUUGAUGCUGCCGCUUCCAUGCUGGUGGCUCCCGCGAUACUCGCAAUUGCCAACUGGCACAUGUUCAAGCUCGCUCGUCUCUCUGCGGUCAACGAGCACGACAAACGGGACUCGAAAGCAAGCCUCAACGUUCUUGUGGAAGUUGCCAGCACUGACUGGGGAUCGACCAGCCCCCUCAAGUUCUGGACGUUUCUUCAAUCACAAAAGCCUCGGAUCAUUUGUCUGGGAGUUAUCUCCAUCCUUUCAGCUUUGAGCUUCUCUCUUCUAAGCAACGUCACCGCGUACGAGGAAGCCGGCAGCGUAAAUACGACAACGACUCUUGAAGCCAUGCAGGGGAUGCAAAAUUUCUUGAAGCAACCCCUACCCUUGGAAAUCAGUGACACCGAGCGCUUGCAGAUUCUCAAUGAUCUUGAGAAUCAGCUCCAACGUCUACAAGCAACAGACCUAGAGCCAAGAUCCAACGGCUUCCUUGGCGUCAACAUCUCGAGCCGAGCACGCCUAGAAAUGCGCCCGACAAUCGAACAGCUAUUCAAUGUGCCUGCCUACCGGAUAUCGGCAUCAUGCAAACCAUCCAACCUCUCGACAGUGUCAAUUGGUUCUCCAGACAAGAACGAUUCGCACGUCAGGUUCAAUCUUGAGGAAGCUGCCUCAUCCUCGGUGUCUGGGUCUACACGAUUUCGAGCAGACUUUGGCAUAGUCGAGGAGCUUCUUGCAAGACAGGGGAUGGAAGCUGCAAGAACAAACAGUUCAUCAGUCAGGUACCCCCUCAUCGCAUUCAGCGGAACAGCGACUUGGAUCGGAGGAUUCAGUUAUACUGGGAAUGAAACUGUCGACUUGACGGAAACAACGCGGUACAGCAGCCUAGUCCCAUUCAGAGCGAAAGAGGUCGUUCACAGUCCCUCUUGCGCUGAAGGGAGCGAGUUUAAGAGCGAGAGCUACGACUUGACUUUCUGGGGCGUAGUGUGCAGUCUCAACAGAUGGUCUGGAACGGCAACGGCCAAUCUCAAUGGAACAACCUUGUCAUUGGCCCAAUCCAGGCUAUAUGAUGAGAAGCUUGAAGCCCAAGAUGAGGCAACAAUACUCUUCCUAGGACAAAAAUUUGAUACGUUCGAAAGUAGUCGUGUAGGGAGAUCGCCAGGUAUCGGCGGCUACCUCUUACGAGCAGCUCGCAGGGCAUACCAGGAGGCAGACCGACCUGCCUGGGGUAUCGAAACACUCGUUGAUGCAUUCGUCUGGUAUGAGGUGGCAGUGAGGGAAGCAAUCCAAGGCGACAAGAGUGAUGCCAAGAUCGAGCGUCUCGUCUCCCAGGUCGAGGUUUUGGAGAAGAAGCCGGACACGUAUACCAUGACAUUUGUCCCAUGGAUGCUCCUCUUUGGCCUUGUCGCCCUAGGCGUCGCCUGCGCUCUAACAGUUGCUCUAUCGCUUGACUCGCUGGGAGUGCCGUCUUUCAGAAGCGGGAGGGUACUGGACGCAGUGAGGUUGACGGCCGACCUGGGCAGGACGCUGGGCAAGACUGCUUUCGAAGAGACUUACUGGAUGAGCCGGCAGGAACUAAAUGACUGCGCUGAAGGUGCCAAAUUUAAGUAUGAACCUGACAGACGGCUGGACAUGAAUCGAGAAUCGUAUGUGAUGGGGGUUCGUCUGCGACUGGUGUCUGUUAGACAAGGUGGCGAAAGGUAG